AUGUGCCAGGGAGGAGCAGGGAGAGUACAGAAUAUGGCAGUGAAAGGACUUUCACUGCUAGCACCAGUGACAAUCCAUCACAGGAUGUAAGAACCGAGCAGUUCAAUCACAGUGUAACCUACACUGAUAAAUCUGCACAAGAUGAUAGCAAGUGUGUGGUUUCUCAAAGGAACUAUAAAGACGCAGCUCGAAAACAGAGAGAUAAUGCUCGGUCUACAUUGUCAACCGGAAGAGGAAAUGGAAGGCACAAAUCCACCUACAUGUUUAGCAAGAACAUGGUUCCACGAUUUUCAGAUAGCCCAUUUAUGAAACCGAGACUGAAUAUGCAAACAGCUUUUGCUUCUAGUUCGCUGAAAUGUUCAGGAGAUGAAAGAGAAAGAGUUGCAGCUAAUAUUCCUGAAGGUGAAGCAAGUAGUAGCAAAUGGGAAAGUGUAAAAGAUGAGAAGAAUGAUCAUGAGAUAGUUUGGCCUCCUAUGGUUCUAAUUGCAAAUACAAGGCUUAAGAAAGAUGAGAAUAACAAGUGGAUUGGCAUGAAAAGUCAAGAGCUAUUAGACUUGUUCAGCUCUAGACUUGUUCAGCUCAUAUGAUGCCAUUGUUAAGGCUCAAAACUCUUACAAUUGGCAAGGACAUUGCGGUUUAAGUAUCUUGAUUUUUGAGAGCUCAGCAAAGGGGUAUUUAGAGGCAGAGCGCCUGCAUAAGCAUUUUGCAGAGGAACGGAAAGAUAGAUAUGCUUGGACUCAUCGGCCGGUCUAUUUCCUACCCAGUGGAAAGCGCCAACUUUAUGGUUUCAUGGCAUUGAAAGAAGACGUGGAUAGCUUUAAAGGUAAGCGUAAGCUGAAAUAUGAAAUGAGAUCAUACCAAGAAAUGGUGGUAAACCAAAUUAGGCAAAUGAGUAAAGACAACUAUCAGCUUCUCUGGUUGAAGAACAGAGUUGCUGAGCAGCAAAGGCAUGUGGAAGUUCUUGAAGAAUCUAAUACUAUGUAUAAGGAGAAGCUGCAAAUGGUAACCAGGGAUAUGGAUAUUUUGAGAAGUAAGGCCAAUGUGCAUCAUGGGCAGACAAUGGAAGAGAUGCAAUUUCUAGAGCAAUUUUACGAGGACAAAAUCAGAAAUCUUGAAUCAGGAAAUGACAAAGAUGGAGAUUUUGACGAGAUAAAGAGUGGGCAAGAGCAAGAGUUAGUAAACAUUCAAGACACUGAAAAUGAAACACAAGAAGUAGCAGAGAUUCCUAGGUUGCCAGAACGAGAAGAAAUUACGAAACCUGAAAUUGCAAGGGAAAGAGCAAGUGCAAGUUCAGAAUUUUCUGGGAGACCCGGGGAAAAGCCGGUAGUUAGCGAUUAUCGGUCCAUGUUUGAGAUGUCAUGGAAAGAUCUUGCCAUCCCAGUUCUUAGUGCUUCAAUCCCCAUACUACUGAAAAUUAUUAGGUAGCCCCAGAGCAUAAUUCUCUCCUCCCCCUUUCACAUUCUGCAAGUGAGUCUACAUUUUUGUGAAAGGAAUGGAGCAACUAUCGAUCGCUGAUCUUAAUAUGUAUUGAAAACAAAAAUUUAUCCCGAUUUGUACUUAUGGUUAAACAUCAACUAUUUGAAUGUUAUUAUAAAUUAGACUCUCCGAUUUCUUUGGCAAA